AUGCCCUCACAACAGUCUUUGAGAUCAGCUGAGGUAUUUUUAGGUAAUGUCUCUACCGAAUUGGUGCGGCAGGAGCGGAGUGCAGAGACAGUGCCGCGUAAUGAAGAUGGAUUACGGCUGUUGGCGGCGGAUGGGAAUUGGAAUGGUGUCGCCCUACUCGCAGAACAGUUAAGCGCAGCCGCACGCAGUGAUACGAUAUGUGGAGUAACCGCCAAAUUACGUUAUAUUCUUGUGCAGGUAACCGCCUAUUUUAGUAUGAAAAAGUAUGCAGCAGCGAAGAAAUUAGUGGAUACAUUAGGUGAUCUCAGUAGUGGUAGAUAUGUGGAUCCAUCUACAGGAGAGUCUGUUGUGCCUUUUUCUCUUAGUUUUAUUGCAGCCUUAUUGCCAGGUUAUUGUGGGGCUACUAUGGAUUCUCAGAGGCGGUUGUAUGAUCUUCUUAGUAAAUGUCGACAACGUGCAGAAAUGACAAAAUCAUCCAUUUGGGAUGCGCGUAUUAAGCGAGUUUUGCGUGCACUUAUUGUAAGUCAUUAUCAAACCGAACAGUACUCUGAAGCAUUACGUCUUUUUGAGGAAUCUAUAGUAGCAGAGAAAUAUAAUGAUAAGAAUGAAAAAAAAUCAAAUUGUGCAGUGGUACGGCAGAUGUUACAUUUACAGCAAUUUGCAACUUUAUGUUUACAUUGUGGUAAUAUAUUUCUCGCAGAAGAUAUAUUUCGGGUGAUUGAAAAUAUUGGAACUAGUAAUGAAUCCGAAGAUGUGCGACAAUUACAUCAAUUUUUAGUAGCCGUUAAUCAAGCACUUUGGAUGUCGUUUAAUGAUCGUGUGGAAGAAGCAGCACAUGUCUUUCGAGAGGUUGCACGUGGUACAAGAGAGUUUUGUCGUGGAUUAAACAAAGUAACAGAAACAUCAUCUAAUGUACCAACACUCUCUGCGCAAAGAACAGCAGGGACUGCAGAUGCACAGGCACAAUCUGCCCUUUGUCGGGUCGCAUUUCAUCAAAUGUGGGUAAACGCCGCUACCUCACAUAUUACUUGUAUGCCGUAUGAGACUACACGUGGUAAGAACCCUACCACCGUAAUGAGUAGUAUUAUUGAAACGAUGGAGGGAUAUCUUCGUCGUGAUCCUGUGGAACUAUUACACUCAGAUGCCUUUUUAGGAAAUUGUGUACGUCUCUACACAUUGGAGGGAGAUACACGUCAGAAAAAAGUAGAAAUGUUGGCUGAUAUGUUGGAGGUGUUUCGUUGUGACCGCGAUUCCGCCCCACCUCUUGGUAAGAUGGUGUAA